UGUGUGUGUGUGUGUGUCUGUGUGUGUGUGUGUGUGUGUGUGUGUGUGUGUGUCUGUGUGUGUGUGUGUGUGUGUGUGUGUGUGUGUGUGUGUGUGUGUGUGUGAAACUGAAGCCCUGCCAACUUCACAAGUGCUGAUCAGUAGCUUCAACGCCAAUCUAUUUGAAUUUUGUGUUUGGGGGGAAAAGAAAAUCAAUAGAGCAGCACAGAAGGAGGAGACGCCGAUCAUCAGCACAGAGCAACAGGUCGUCAGAGGAAUAAUGAACGUGUUGUGUUCCAACGAUGAACUCAAAGUCCUGUGAAAGACGGAGCAAAGUCAAAGUUUCUGUGCGCGAGAGUUCCCCGACGGGGCAGGAAUCCAAUAUCCAAAGCGCCGGAGGCCAAGUCCCGAUUAAAUCUCAUUUAAACAAAGCAACGAUCUUUUCCACUGAUUUAAUUUCACCCCCGGCGAUGUCAUCCUGUCUCUCGGAGAGAUGUUUGGCUUUCGGCGACUCGUCCGCCGCCAAAAAAAAAGGGAAGAAGACGUGUGUCGCAGUCCGCUGGUGUCCAACCUGCCGCCGCCGUCCUUCAGGAGCUCGUCGCAGCUGUCCGGCAGCCACGGGCCGGGCUUCGCCAAGCUGAACCGCAGAGAAGGCGCCGGAGGUUGGUCUCCCCGGAGCUCGGACAGGUACCAGUGGCUGGAGGUGGACCUGGGCGGCCGCACGCAGAUCACGGCCGUCGCCACGCAGGGUCGCUACGGCAGCUCCGAUUGGCUGACGGCCUACCUGCUGAUGUUCAGCGACACGGGACACAACUGGAAGCAGCAUCGGCAGGAGGACAACAUCGGGGCCUUUGCAGGAAACAGCAACGCAGACAGCGUCGUGCAGCACAAGCUCCGGCAUCCGGUGAUCGCCCGCUACGUCCGCCUCUUCCCGCUCGACUGGAACCCCCACGGUCGGAUCGGACUCCGACUGGAGACCUACGGAUGUCCUUACGACUCUGACGUGGUGAGCUUCGACGGCCACAGCAGCUUCCUCUACCGGUGGAGUCCCAGGCCGAGGCAGGCGACCAGGACAAGCAUCUCCCUGAAGUUCAAAACCCUGAGGAAUUCUGGGACUCUGCUCCGCGCGGAGGGGCGGAGCGAGCACAGCCUCACGCUGGAGUUAGAGAAGGGGAAGCUUCUGGUUGUCCUGCGAAAAGGCGCCGGCUCCUCCUCUCCGGACGGCCGGCACCGCCUGGUGUCUCUGGGCAGCCUGUUGGACGACCAGCACUGGCACCGGGUCGCGGUGGAGCAUCACGGCGACCACCUCAACCUCACCGUGGACGGGAGCACGGCGUGGGUGCAGAUCCCGCCCGGGUUCACCCUCUGGGACCACGACCAGAUGAGCGUGGGAGGCGACCGGGGCCUCGCCGCUCGCGGUGCCGUCGGGUCGGACGGGAAUUUCUGUGGCUGUUUGGAAAACGUCCGUUACAACGGCGUGAACCUGGUGGACCUCGCCAGGCAGAGCGACCAGCGGGUCACCGUGAAGGGCAAUGUGACCUUUUCCUGCGUCGAGCCCGUUUUCGUCGCCAUGACGUUCACCGGCCCCCAGAGCUUCCUCCGGUUGCCGAGGGCGACGGGCGGGCCGCCGCCGGCGCCGCCGGGCGUGGCGGUGGCGCUCCAGUUUCGCACGUGGAACAGGGCGGGGCUGCUGCUGACCUUCGACCUCCCGAGCGGCGGCGGCGGCGCCGUCUGGCUGUACCUGAGCAAAGCCGCGCUGCGCCUGCGCGUCCACAAGCCGGGCAGGGCGCCGCUGGAGCUCAGCGCCGGCUCGGCUCUGAACGACGGGCAGUGGCACUCGGCGGCGCUGGUCUCCAGACGAGGACAUCUGAGCGUCGCCGUGGACGGAGACGAAGGGAGCGCGGCCGGUCGCGCCAGUCCCUCGUUUGACGUCACCGCCGCUCAACUCUUCUUCGGCGGUUGCCCCGCAGAAGGGAGCGGCCACGAGUGUUCGAACCCCUUCGACGCGUUCCAGGGCUGCGUGCGUCUGCUGACCGUGGACGACCAGCGGGUGGAUCCGAUCGAGGUGCAGCGGAGGCUGAUCGGCAGCUACGGUCACCUGCAGAUCGACGUGUGUGGCAUCAUUGACAGGUGUUCGCCGAAUCACUGCGAACACGGCGGCGGCUGCAGUCAGUCGUGGACGACCUUUCACUGCAACUGCUCGGGCAGCAGCUACGGCGGAGCGACCUGUCACACCUUGUCGCGUCCCCUCGGACGAUGUGGAGGUCAAAGGGUCGGGCUGAGGUCGAACCUCUUCGCUGCAAUCAUCAUCAUCAUCAUCAUCAUCAUCAUCAUCGUCAUAAUCGUCGUCGUCGUCGUGUGGAUGCUGAGAACGAUAUACGAGCAGUCCUGCGAAGCGUACAAACACAGAGGCAACACGUCGGGGUAUUACUACAUCGACGUGGACGGCAGCGGGCCCAUCGGACCACAGCUAAUAUACUGCGACAUGACAGAGGACGAGACGUGGACGGUGAUUCAGCACAACAACACGGAGCUGACCAGGGUCCGGCCGUCGGCGGGACGGGCGCCGCACGCGGCCCGCUUCGCGUACGCGUCCGGGGACGGGCAGCUGGCGGCCGUCAUCGGCCAAUCGGAGCACUGCGAGCAGGAGCUGACCUACCGCUGCAGGAGGUCCCGUCUGCUCCACGCGCCAGACGGCUCUGCGCUCAGCUGGUGGGCGGGAGGUCCGGGGGAGGGACGGCGGCAGACCCACUGGGGCGGCGCUGCGCCCGGCAGCCGGCAGUGCGCCUGCGGCCGCCAGGGGAGCUGCGUGGAGCCGCACCACGGCUGCAACUGCGACGCCGACCGCACCGAGUGGGCCAACGACUCGGGCCUGUUGACCCACAAGGAGACCCUCCCCGUCAGGUCGCUGGUGCUGGGCGACGUGCAGAGGCCCGGCUCAGAGGGCGCCUACAGGGUCGGACCCCUCCGUUGCCACGGAGACAAAAGCGUCUGGAACGCGGCGUUUUUCGACCAGGAGACGUCGUACCUCCACUUCCCCACGUUCCACGGCGAGCUGAGCGCCGACAUCUCCUUCCUCUUCAAGACCACGUCGUCCUCCGGCGUCUUCCUGGAGAACCUGGGCAUCAAGGACUUCAUCCGCAUCGAGCUCAGCUCCCCGACCGAGGUCCUCUUCUCCUUCGACGUGGGCAACGGCCCGCUGGCGGUGGGCGUGAGUGCCGGCUUCCCGCUGGACGACGGGCGGUGGCACCGCGUGCGGGCCGAGCGCAACGUGAAGGAGGCCUCGCUCCGCCUCGACGGGCUGCCGGCCGCCACGCAGGACGCCCCCGCCGACGGACACGUCCACCUGCAGCUCAACAGCCAGUUGUUCAUAGGCGGCACGGCGUCCAGGCAGAGGGGGUUCCGCGGUUGCAUCCGCGCCCUGCGGCUGAACGGCGCCACCGUGGACCUGGAGGCGCGCGCCAGGAUCACGCCCGGGGUGGAGGCCGGCUGCCCGGGCCACUGCAGCAGCUACGGCCCGCUCUGCCAGAACCGGGGCCGCUGCGUGGAGGGAACCGGCCGCUUCUCGUGCGACUGUGGCCCGUCUGCGUACACGGGAGCUUUCUGCGACCGAGAGGUUUCCGCCACCUUAAAGUCGGGCACGUCCGUCAGCUACGCGUUGGACCAGCGGGCGGCGAACGGGCCGAACGGGAGCGACGGCGCCCCGCCCUCCUCCCCGGGGGCGGAGAACAUCUCCCUGAGCUUCAGGACCAACCAGAGUCCGGCGCUGCUCCUCUACGUCGCCUCCCACCGCGGAGAGUAUCUGGCUCUGCUGCUCAACAAGCACGACAAGCUGGAGGUGCGAUACCGACUGGACGGCAGCAAAAGUGCAGAAACCCUGCACAGCAAAGUGAGGAACCUCGCCAACGGACAUCUACAUACGGUUACUAUCAGCCGACUGGCAGAUGCCGUCUCUCUGCAGAUUGACCAGAACUCCAAAGAGGACUUCAACCUGACGACUGGUGUGGAAUUCAGCGGCAUCCGGUUGCUGGUUCUUGGCAGAGUGCACGACUCCGGUGCGUUGGACCCUGAGAUGGCUCGGCUCGCCUCGCUGGGUUUCGCCGGCUGCCUCUCCGCCGUCCUCUUUAACUCCGUCAGCCCCCUGAAGGCCGCUCUGCUCCACCCGGACACCAGCCCCGUCACCGUGACCGGCCCACUGGUCCAGUCCAUUUGUGGCUCCACCUCGACCAAUCCCCAUGCGGCAGAACCCACACAUCACCAAUCAGGUCAGUCUGGAUCCGUGGAGGCCGGUCGGCCUGUGGUCAAUGCCGUCAGGGGCGACUCGGCUCUGAUUGGAGGUCUGAUAACGCUGGCCAUCUUCGUGACCGCGUCCGCAUUGGCCGCGACGGCCCGGUUCCUCCACAGGCGGCAGGGGACGUGUCCGGGCCGGGACAUAAAGACGGUCAAACCCGAGGACGGCCCGGAGCUGCCGCUCGGCGGCCAGACGUGCUCGCACAACGGUCCCAGCGAGAACCAGAAGGAAUACUUUAUCUGAGGCGAAGGUUUGAGCUGUUGCCCAAAAACCUGGCGGGUGUUUUUCUGGGGGGGGGAGGGGGGGGACGAGGGGCGUCUUGUCAAGCCUCAGGGCUUUGCACUAAAAACACUGAGCCGGAGCAGUGGCUCGAGGAGACGGAGGAGGAGAGACACGCUGUCUUCUUUUGGUUGUUUGUUUCUGUGGCUGUAUUUUUGUAAAGACUGUAUAUAGAUGCACAAAAAGACGAAGCGUUGAAUUUAUAACGUGUCGAUUACCGUCAGUGGAACAAGUGUAAAUAUGGAAUCAUGUAAAAUUGCGACUUUAUAUGAAUCUCUGUCUUCUCUUUUUUUUUUGUUCAUUAUAUUUUCCAUGACGUUGGUAUGAAAACGGCUUUGUUGGGUCCUGGAUCGUGUAAAUGCAUUUUUCUGACACGGAUGAUGAACGUUUACUGUUUUCUGUUCAUUUCCGGUUGAAUUUCUACUUUCUCUAUCAUCCAGAUUUGUUUAUUUUAUUUUGCUGUUAAAUUCUGUUUUGUUUUUUCUUUUUCAUUUUUAUUUGCAGCACCUGUUGAAUGAAAUGUGAGAAAUCCAAUGUAUGUUCUCAUUUUGUCAGAGAGUCGCACGUUUUCCUUUUGGUUUAUUGAUUGAUGGUGGAACAGAUUCUGUCUUCCUGCCUUGUUUGUUCCCACCACGGAAAUAUUUCAUCUUUUUUUUUAAACCAACAACAACAAUGUCUGAGAGUUCAGAUAAUUAUCAAUGUGAGGGGCAAAAAAAAAAGCAUGUAUCAUCUGAUGGAAUGUGGCCAUACUACUGAAGAGAUUAUUAUAAGCGAAGAAUAAAAAGGAAUAAUAAUAAACUUAAGCCUGUUGCUGCAGCAGCUUUACACAGUCUGGACUGUUUGAGUUGGAUUUUAAUUUUGUACAGAUAUUAUAGUAACAAACUUUAUUUCUUUUCCGUGGAAAUAAAAUGACCGAUCUUUUUA